CGGUGUUUCUAUAGCGACGUUUACAGACAUUGAAAGGGACAGAAUGACAGAGGUUGAUGUUCCUCAGACCCGGCCCCCUGAGCCACUUAGUAUUCAUAUUAUAAAGGCAUCAAAUCUGAAAUUGACAAAGAUAGACAAUGGGCAGAGACCAUCUUCAGGAACAUCGAAAGGAACUAAAGGAGACAAUGUCCAAAUUACUGUUAAAGUGGAAUUUGGUGAGAAGCAAUUGGGGGAAUCCCCUAAAGUCGACUGCGUUCCUGAUACACCUGCAGAAAUUGAUUAUACUGCCAACCUCAACUGUACUUUUGAGGACCCACUGGUUUUAGAUGAAAUUUCUUAUAAACCAGUUGUGUUGACUGUGACAGAAGUUUUACCAAAGGAAAAGAAGCAGAAGGAAGAGAAGACUGCCCAGCUGGGACAAUGUACAGUGGAUUUACUGCCCCUGGUCAAAGGUGCCACAAGACAUCAUUACAAUCUGGUGAUCAAUCCAUUGCCGGGCUCACCAUUGGAGACAAUUUCUCCUGAGAGCCCAAAGCCAGAGAUGGAGGUGGUGAUUUCAGUUCAGGAGUCCUUGUUGGAGGGGACACAGAUAAACAAUGGGAACCUUAUGACUUUGACAAUUGAGACACUUUAUGCUCCUCCUGAGACCUGGGCGAUGACAGGCGCACAGUAUGCGUAUGCUGCUGCACUUCCCAUCCCUGUGUCAGCAGAUAAAGAGUCACCAAUUGUCUUUGCUAAUGGAGCAUUAAAGCCAAGCAUUGACAAGGAAGCCCCCAAUCGGCAGAAAAAGUGGGCGGUGCCAGGCUCGGCACAAGGAAACUCAGUGUACAUUCCAGAGAGUUUUCUACCCCCUGACAAUAUUGAUGAUGAAGAUGGUGAAUUUAAGAAUAAGGAAGAGAGGGAUCAUCGUCACGUGGCUGAAACAGAAAAGUUACGAGUGACCUGGAACACGGAAAGAAGAUCUUAUAUGGAUGCCAUGGCAACCAAAAGCUUCCAGGAUAAGAUAGCCAAAUGUAGGUACUGGCCAGUGGAGGUCAUGAGGUUACCACAACCAGCUGCUGCCAAGGGCAAAAAGCCAGGCCUAGGGGGAGGGAAGUUGAAGGAUGAUGAAGGCUCGAUCAGUUACCAUGGCGUGGCUUUUGUCAACUUGGCACCACUGCUGUACCCAGGAGUAAAGAGAAUAAGAGGUGCAUACAAAGUGCAUGCAUAUACUGAUCAUGCUAUGCAUGAAAAGACAAAGAGAAAGACUGGCUUUGGGGAGGAGGCAGGCAAAAUUGCCUUUAACAUCUUGAAUAGAAACAGUGCCUCUCCAUUCCCAAAGAAAGCUGGAAAAGAGGGAGCUGAAAAGAAAGAGAAAGAAGUUAAAAAGGGGCAUAGUGAAAAAAUACAGCGGUCAAUGAGCAUUGCUCAACAUCAACAACAAGUGAAUGCGGCCCCUGCUGGGCCCGGGGGUCAAGUGCCACCAGAGGCAUCUCAAACCAUUAAAUCAGACACUGGAUCAGAAAUGGAGGGCCAGGCUCCAGUAAAUGUGGAGGGGCAGCAGUAUGUGGAUGCCAAGUCAUAUGUAAUGUUGGAAAUCUCUCUUACCAGGCCUCUCAUCCCCAAAAGGCCCCCAGAGGAGCUUGCAAGAAGAGUUGCAGAAUACAUUCCUCCAAGACCAUUGUUCCCUAAGAGAACUGAUGGAGCUCAAAGGGCCGUUGAAGAUUUCCACAAUCAAGUCGGGAGCGUUGCUAAUUUGAUUUUGGAUGAAUUCAGGGAUCAGUUUGGUGACAUACUGAAGACAGAUGAUGAGCCCCAAACUGUAGAGGCCAUGGAAUCCAGGAGGCAGAAGUUAAUCUAUGAAUUGAAUUCCUCUGGAAAAUACUUCGCAUUUAAGGAGCAACUGAAAUAUGCAGUGGUCAAAAUUGUGCGAGAGAAAUAUUUGAAAACCUCAGCUUUUGAGGACAGACAAGAGCUACAGACUUUUUUGAGUGAACUGUAUGUGUACCUGAUUGACCAGAUGCAUGUUGCCCUGGGCAAAUAUUUGGCUCUGGAAGAUCAAGCUCCCAUCCCCAAGCCUCUGACAGACUCUGCCCAGCUCAAGCAUUUUGCAAGAGAGGCAGAAGUUAAUGGAAAUUAUGAACUGGCAACUAAAUACUAUCAAGAGAGAAUUGCCAGAAACCGGAACGAUCCCUCUCACUGGUUUGAUUACGGAACCUUUUGUCUUUACAUCAAUGACAUUACUAAAGCUGAAGAGUGCUUCAAAGAGUGCAUUGCUAUUGAUCAAAAACAUCUUCAAGGGUUGCUUUUGUAUGGAGUUGUCUGCACUUUGUCAGAACGAAAUGAGGCUGCGGAGACCUUCUUUGAAGCAGCCACCUGUGUGGAUCCUAAAAGCAUUCUGGCCUGGACCAUGCUUGGUCUGUUUUAUGAUGCUGUUAACAAUGAGAUAGGAGCAGAAAUGGCUUACCUCGAGGCCAACAAACUUAAUCAAGCAGCUGCUGUUGCUGAAGCCAAAGCCCUGAGAGAGGAGGAGAUUGUCAAAGACAGGCUGGCAAGAGGAGAGCAUGAAAGUGAAGACAAAGAGGUGGAUCAUGACCAGGGAGGUUUGGCCCCACCCUCAGUCCCAGACAUAAAACAGCCUUCCCCUCCUUCUAGUGACAAACCUCCAACAUCUGCUCGCUCUGGGAAGGGAUCUAUCAGUGACAGACGCAUGUCUGCCUCCAAGCGAUCUGACACAUAUCUUCAUCCAGAUCAGUCCCCUCAGUUACAAGGAAGUAAAAUGAAGACUGAUAGUAGUACCUCUCGCCCUGGCAGUCAGUACAGAAUGGGGAGCCAGCGUGGUACCCCCCAGCCUGCCGAGGAAACUGAAGAGCCACCAGUCAGGGAACCUACUCCAGUCCCACGUUCCAGCAUCUACAUGCAGGUUAUUGAGUGGCUGAUUGAGGUCAAGGCUAUACCAUUUACUGAGAGGGCCUUGGCUCAUGAGUUACUGUCACCAAUGGGUGGCCCCACAUCUGCAUAUCACAUCAACUAUGCCAGGUUGAAGCUUCAGAAGAAAGAGUACAAGGAAGCUGAAAACAGCCUGGAUGAGGCCCUGCAGUUUGACUAUCAGAACCCAGAUGCCUGGGCUUUGAUGGGACAUGUUAAGUAUAUGACCAAUGAUGUGGAAGCCUCUAGGGACUGCUAUGAACGAACCAUUUCCUUUACAAUUGAUGCAGCAGAGAUGCACUCCAUAUACCUUAGACUGGCCUCUAUCUAUCUCCAGGAGGAAAAGUUUUCAAAUGCAAAGAAUACCUUCCUUAUGGCAUGCAAGAGAUCUCCAUCCUGUGUUUCAUGGCUUGGUGUUGGUAUAGCAUGUUACAGGUUAGGAGAGCUUGCAGAAGCUGAAGAUGCUUUGUCAGAAGCCAACAUUCUCAACAACACAGAUCCAGAAGUUUGGGGUUAUCUCUCCUUAGUUUGUCUCAAAACUGGUCGCCAGCUGGAGGCUGAACAAGCCUAUAAAUAUGCUCUGAAGUUGAAUUUGGUGGACUACGACUUACUAACAGAAAUACAGCAUGUACAACAGGAAGUGGGAUUUGGAAAUCCAGAGUUUUGAAUGCUUGUUUCCUUGACAACUGUCAAACCAGUGUCUUUGUUAUUUUAACUUUCUUUGAUUUAUUUGUUUUCUAUCUAUUAAUGUGGUAUCAAAUAAUCUGUUAUGAUGAAAAAAUAUAAGAGAAUAUAUAUUGUCAGAAUUUCAUUGAAAUAUAUUGGACAACUUUGGAAAUAGUGAUUUAGUUUGUUUCUCUAAAAUAAAAUUGGACAUUGUGA